AUGGAGAGUAGACGAGGAGGGUCUGCGGCGGCGGCGGCGGAAGAUGCGGGCGGGGCGAUGCCGAGCUUUGGGCCACCUCAGCACGCCAUCCACACAGAUGUGAACAGCAUGCAACCUUCUCGAGUUACUGACUUUGGGGCACUUGCACAGUCAGCUGGAUUCCGAAUAGAAGAUCUUGCUAACCUUAAUGCAAAUGCUUUGUUCAAUCUGAAGCCAAAUACCCAUACAAUUAACAACAGUCCUCUUCAGUUUGGAAGUUACGGGAAGCCUAUUUCUCCUCAUAUAAAUACUACAGAUGCAGCAACAGCUGCAACAAGAAUUGACCCUCAGUCGCUAGAACAGCAAACAGGAGCACAAUCAAAUCUGGUGGCAUUACCAACUGGUAACAUCGAGAAUUGGGGAGAGUCAGCUAUGGCUGGUAGCCCUAUGACUGACACAUCUACAGAUCCAGACACUGAUGAGAGGAACCAGAUGUUUGAACAAGGACUGGUUGCUGGCCCCACAGCUUCUGAUUCUAGUGACAAAUCUAGGGACAAACUAGAUCAGAAGACACUUCGGCGUCUUGCCCAAAAUCGUGAAGCUGCCAGGAAAAGCCGUUUACGAAAGAAGGCAUACAUCCAAAACCUUGAGAGUAGCAGACUGAAACUUACUCAGUUAGAGCAAGAGCUUCAGCGGGCUCGUCAACAGGGUAUUUUUAUUUCGACAUCAGGAGAUCAACCUCAAUCAACAAGUGGAAAUGGAGCUUUGGCAUUUGACAUGGAGUAUGCACGCUGGUUGGAGGAGCACAACAAACAUGUAAAUGAGUUGAGGGCUGCAGUCAAUGCACAUGCCGGCGAUAAUGAUCUUCGUGGUAUUGUUGAUAGCAUUAUGGCGCACUAUGACGAAAUUUUCAGGCUCAAGGGUGGCUUCCGAUCAUCUGAGCUUCUUAAGUUACUGGCAGGUCACCUAGAGCCUCUUACUGAUCAGCAGCUUGUUGGUAUAUCCAACCUGCAACAGUCCUCCCAACAAGCUGAAGAUGCUCUUUCUCAAGGGAUGGAAGCAUUACAACAGUCGCUUGCAGAAACUCUAGCAUCUGGAUCCCUGGGCCCUGCUGGACCUUCUGGCAAUGUUGCAAAUUACAUGGGACAAAUGGCGAUGGCUAUGGGAAAACUAGGCACCCUUGAGAACUUUCUACGACAGGCUGAUAAUCUACGGCUGCAAACACUUCAACAAAUGCAACGCAUCUUAACCACCCGACAAUCAGCACGAGCCCUACUUGCAAUAAGCGACUACUUCUCUCGGCUGCGUGCUUUGAGUUCUCUUUGGCUUGCCCGUCCAAGAGAAUAA